UGUACAAAAAUGUUCCCAUAGAGGUGACGUCAGGCUGACGUUCGAUGUCAGCAGCGCGGGCUGGAUUGAACAUGAGAAAGAUGACAUGGUGGUCUUGAGAGAGGGUAUAUGUCCUGGGCUAAAUCAGGACCUUGUUCAAGCCCUCCGAAAUGUGGACAUCAGAACAGUGGAGGAUCUGGUCUCGGCCAACCUUGAGGAACUGGCCCAAAAAUGCUCCGUAUCCUACAAGGCUUUGAUUGCUGUGCGUCGGGUUCUACUGGCUCAACAUGCAGCUUUUCCUGUCUCAUGUGCUGACCUGUAUGAAGAGCUCCUGAGCUCAACUGCCAUUCUCUCUACAGGCAACCACUGUCUGGAUAAACUGUUAGACUCAGGUCUGUACACUGGGGAGGUAACUGAGCUAAUAGGAGGACCAGGAAGUGGCAAAACACAGGUGUGCUUUAGUACUGCUGUUCAUAUCUCAUGCCAACUCAAGCAGAGUGUUGUCUAUAUCGACACCAAUGGAGGAAUGUCUGCAAAUCGUAUGCUUCAGAUGCUGCAAGCAAAGACCAGCACUAUGGAAGAGCAGAUGGCUGCUCUUCAGCGAAUUCAAGUGUUCAGAGUGUUUGAUGUCUUCUCCUUGCUUAAAUGUCUACAGAAUAUAAGCGCCGGUGAAGUUGAGAUGGCAUGUGUUGGAACUUCAGUAAAAGCUCUUAUUCUGGAUUCUGUCUCAGCUGUACUCUCGAAUAUGCUAGGAGGCAAACAGACUGAAGGCAUGUCCUUGAUGAUGCAGGUUGCUGGAGAACUAAAAACAAUUUCAAAGGACCUCAGUGUUGCUGUUCUGGUGACGAACCAUGCGACCCGAGAUGGCAGUGGGCAGCUGAGAGCAGGUCUGGGUCAGUCUUGGAGUCACGUCCCGAGGACCCGCGUUCUCCUGCACAGAGUGAAGAGGCCAGGCGCCUCAUCUGGCCUGCGCUUAGCAACUCUGACCAAAUCAUCUCGACAGUCAUGUCAAGUGGAAGAAGAAUUUGAUUUAAGUGGAUGGAGAGGGCCUGAAGAUACGAAGGCUGGGUACUCGGGCAAGAGAAAACUGGAGUGUGACAACCCUGGGGUUGGCUGAAUGUUUAUUUAAGAAUGUAUCUUUCGUCGUACAUUCAAUAUGACUUUAUGAAUUGCUUAUGAUCAAAAAAUGUAUCAUAUUGUCCAACAUACUUUGAUAUGAUUUUCUGUGUUUUUGUAAAAUAUUGGAAUAUUUAAAUGGUGGUUUCAGUAUGUCAGUGGAACAUUUUUUUUUUUUUUUUUUUUUUUUAAAUCUUAGCAUUCAAACAGCUAAUGAUUAAAUUAUUCAGAAACGGUA